ACGCACAGCGUGCCGUGACGCCCGGAGCGGCGCGCCCGCCCGCUCUCCCGGACACACAGGGCGGGCGCGGGGCGCGCAUGCUCGGCAGGCGGGGCGGCCGGGGUCCCGAGACGCUACAAGCUGUUGCGCCGCCGCCCUCGGGAGCCGGCAGAUCCGGGUCUCGUGGCCUAAGGGUGACGUGGCCAAUCGAAUCAAAACAGAGGAGGGGAGGAAGCCCGCGGCCAGGAGCUGCAGCGGCGGCGGCGUCCGGAGCAGCCGCAGCGUUCCGGAAGCGCCAGCCGGUCUUUCUGCCGAGCCUGGGCCCGGCCCGAGCCUCCCCGCCCCUCGGUUGUUGUCUGGGCGGAUUUAAACAGUCAAGUAAAAAUCAAGCUGGGUAAUCAUGGCAGAAGGUGGAUUCGAUCCCUGUGAAUGUGUUUGCUCUCAUGAACAUGCGAUGAGAAGGCUGAUCAAUCUGCUGCGGCAGUCCCAGUCCUACUGCACGGACACAGAAUGUCUUCAGGAAUUACCAGGACCCUCUGGUGAUAAUGGCAUCAGUGUUACUAUGAUCUUGAUGGCCUGGAUGGUUAUUGCAGUGAUCUUAUUCUUACUGAGACCUCCUAAUCUAAGAGGAUCCAUCCUAUCUGGAAAGCCAACCAGUGCUAAUAAUGGGCAGGACCCACCAGCUCCUCCUGUGGACUAACUUUGUGUAUUGGAAGUGAAAAUAGUUAACACCUUGCACGACCAAACGACCAGGCGAACCAAGAAUACCAGAGUACUCUUAACCCCAUUAGAAAUGUUUUUCCUUUUGCAUCUGCAAUAUGGGAUGGUAUUGUUUUCAUGAGCUUCUAGAAAUUUCAUUCGCAAGCUUAUUUUUGCUUCCUGUGUUAUCACCAUUCCUAUUUACAGUGUAUUUGAGUAAAUGAUUAUAUUAAAAAAAGUUACAUGGGGCUUUUUUGGUUGUCCUAAACUUCAACAUUCCACUCUUUCUGUUUAUAACUGUGAUCAUAAUUUUUGUGAUGAUUUCUGGCUUGAUAGAAGGAAAUUUGAGAGCUCUACAUUUAAAUAUUUUAAAUAGUUUUGAUAGGUUUUUUAAUUGCUUUUUAUAAAUACGGUAUUUAUAAAGCUAUUUGGAGUUGUCUGAGAUUGUAUGAAAGAAAAUUAGAACCACACUGUAUUUACAUUUUCCUUGGUAGUUUAUUUGUGGAUGACAGUUUUCUCUAUUUCUUGGGACUGUGGCAGCUCUUGGAAUAUUUUACAAAUUACAGCUGAAAUCUGUAUCAUCUAUUAUAACUGGCCUGUGUGGCUUAGGAGGAGAGAAGAAAUGAAAUGGUUUUUACUAAUUUUUCUACUCCUAUUAAAAAUGUCUAAUGUAAUGAAAACUUUAAAUAAACAUGAUUGAUCAAUACGGUGGAUGAUUUACAGUCCAUUAUCUGACAUUUGUAAGCCACUGUACACUAGCCUUACAACGUUUAUGAGAGGAGGAAAAAAUUAAUUCUUUCUGACUUUGCCCAAUAUAAUCUAUACAGUAAUAAUUUAAGCUAUAAUUUAUUUUUAAAAUGAGUGCCUCUUGGGAAGCUGCUUUUCUGUUCUAACACUUCAUUGUUAAAAUGAAACUGUCUUAAAGCUGCAUUAGGGCCUGUUAGGUUACUGACAUUUGAAAGCCUAUUUACUUCAUUUUUUUAUUUGAAGAAAAAUUUUGAGGCUUUUGUUAUCCUUUUGACUUAUAAAAAUUUUUAAUGAAUUCUCGGUUUAUUCCAAGGGAAAAGGAGGAAAAUGAGAAACAAG